AUGGAGGUGAUAAAACCUCUUCACCACACAGAUUUUGAUUUCAACAGUACAAGGUUCUACCAACAAAUUAGUAGUACUGCACCUUCUACGCCAAAGCGUUUUGAAGAAUACUAUUGCAGUGCUCCAAGUAGCCCUACACACUUCUCGCAAUUUUAUCGCCAAGAUAAUUUUGAUGAUACUCCGGUCACUGGUGGCUCCGCCGCAGCAGCGGCCUUUAAGGAUGAAGAUAAGUUUGUUUUUAAUGCAUCAGAAACUGCUUCUUUAACCGCUGAAGAGCUCUUUGAUGGCGGCAUACUCAGGCCCCUGAAGCCGACACCUCAGAAAAGGAAUUUUAUUUCUCAACUGCAACCCAAAUCGCAUACUUUGCCAGGUAAAAAAACCAUCAAGGUCGCUUUCUCAUCAAGGGACGAGAAAGAAGCCCACCCUUCUGUAAAAAGGAUCCUGGAGCAUGAAAGAGGAAGAGAAACGAGUAUUAAUUCAUAUUCAUCAAGCAGAAGGGCGACUCGAUCAGUUUCUCCACUCAGAAUUUCUGAGAAUCCAUUGGAAGGAGAAGAAGAGAUACAAAAAGAGCACAACAUAAAAAAUUCUUCAUGUUCAAGCAUUUGUUCAUCUUCAAAAGGUCACAAGAAAUGGAGAUUGAAGGACUUUUUCUUGUUCCGGAGUGCAUCAGAAGGUCGAGCAGCAGAUAAAGAUCCAUUAAAGAAAUACACUGCAGCAGUAUUCCGGAGACACCAAAACUCGAGUUUCAAGGGAAUCGAUAGCCCGGGUACUGGAUCCGGGUCAAGAAGAAGGGGACCCGUUUCUGCUCAUGAAUUGCAUUACACAAUAAAUAGGGCAGUUUCAGAAGAUUUGAAGAAGAAGACCUUCUUGCCUUACAAGCAAGGGAUUCUGGGCAGACUAGCUUUCAAUCCUGCUGUCCAUGCACUGGCUAAUGGCUUUGGAUUAUCUCGAAAAUAA